UUCAGCUCGCCUCACGCUCAGUUCACCAUGCUCGUCGGUUCCUGGGACGGGGUCGUGUGCCUCAAGCAAGGGAUCCUGCAGGUACAUAGCCGCUUCGACGACGUCCCUCGGGAAGCGCCCUUCGGCUUCUACGUCCACCAGUUCGUGCUGUGGAACCCGGUGGCCAUGACCUCUGCCACCGUAGGCGUACCUGGGCCAGAUCAUCGGCAGCACCAGCUGGGCCACAUCAUCGGCGGCUACGCGCACCUGGGGACGAGGCGCUUCCACCUCCUGCACGCCUCCGGUGAAACCAAUGGCGGUUUCAGGAUCUCCCCGACUCCCUUCCGGAUCCUAAGCGUCGGUGACGAUGCCGCCUGGCGCGAGCUCCCUUUCCUCUUGGGAGAAGAAGACACCUUUCCGGAAAUCAUUAUGGGCAAAGGCAAUGUUGUUAGACUACACGAUAACCUGCACUGGCUGGCACAACCGUCGUCGUCGUCAUCUGGAACGAGGAUGCAGCUCCGGGUGCUCGUGUUCGACACCACGCGGGAGAAGUUUUUGUUGAUGGAGACAGUAACAGCCAAAGAACGCCCAGGAGGACCGUUAUGUGUCUAUGGUUGGCACGGCUCGGCGUGCUGUCGAAGAAGCUCUGCAUCUUCACCGUGGAGCCGUCGUCAAGCACGAUGGAGUUGUGGAUGCUCGAAGGCUACGACUCCGGCGAAGCUACUCCGCGCGGCAGCUGGCGGCUCGAGGCACGGAUCAGCCUGAUCACGUGGGACCGGUCCGACCUGUCGCGGGCGUUCUCCGCCAUGGCGGAGGUGCAGGUGGAGGUGGUGGAGGAUGAUGUUGUCGGGAAAGGCGAGGAGGAGGUCUUGAUCAAGCAGAUGGAAGGCCGGAUUGACUCGUACAACGUCAGGCACAAAGCAUGGGGCGUUGUGGGCAAUGUGCGGACCAGUUUUAUGGCGCACGAGUCGCUGGUGAUGCACAGGGAGAGCCUUGUGCAAGGCCAAGUAAGCUUCGGAAAGGCGAGCCGGGCUCUUCACAAGUACAUCGACUUCUAUGGACAGCGUCUCUAUUACCUCUGAACAGCCGGCAAUGUAUUCAAGGAUGUUAAUAGAAUAUCGAUUAAUAGAUGUUAUUUUGAGAUGUUUCUUUAAUUUUAGAUAUAAUUUUCUUAAAUUUUA